GUUAGGCUUGGCGUUCACAGGACUACAUUUCCAAUCGCUGCUGCUGAUUACGUCAUUCAUGUGCGCCAAUUUUUACAGUCUUCGGGGGGAUCUUUGAUUAGCUACAUGGUUAAUACAAUAUAGUAAGCUGUCACCAUGGUGAUGAAAUCAGCAGUUGAUGAUGAUGACACUGGCUGGGGGCUGGGUAUCCCAGAAAAGAUGAAGAACAACGCCAACUGGGUUGAUAUUACACAUGAAUUCAAAAGCGCCUGCAAAGAUUUGAACCUUGGAGAGUUGCUUCAUGACAAGCUGUUUGGCUUGUUUGAAGCCAUGUCAGCUAUAGAGAUGAUGGAUCCUAAGAUGGAUGCGGGAAUGAUCGGAAACCAGGUCAACAGGAAAGUGCUCAACUUUGAGCAAGCUAUUAAGGAGGGUGCCAUCAAGGUCAAAGACCUCAGUCUUCCUGAACUCAUCGGGAUCAUCGACACCUGUUUCUGCUGUUUGAUAACAUGGUUGGAGGGCCACUCACUGGCCCAGACUGUGUUUACCUGCCUCUAUGUUCACAACCCUGACCUGAUUGAGGAGCCAGCCCUCAAAGCUUUUGCCCUGGGCUUGCUGAAGGUGUGUGACAUUUCCCGGGAAAAGGUCAACAAGGCUGCUGUGUUUGAAGAGGAGGAUUUCCAGGCCAUGACCUAUGGCUUUAAGAUGGCUAAUAAUGUCACAGAUCUGCGGGUGACAGGUAUGCUGAAAGAUGUAGAAGAUGAAUUACAGAGGAAAGUUAAGAGUACGCGCAGUCGACAAGGUGAGCAGCGAAACCCGGAGGUUGAGCUGGAGCAUCAACAGUGUCUGGCACUAUUCAAUAGAAUAAAGUUCACACGCCUUCUACUGACUGCACUGAUCGCCUUUACCAAGAAAGAGACCAGCUCAGUGAGCGAGGCCCAGAAGCUCGUGGCACAGGCAGCUGACCUGUUAUCCCCCAUUCAUUCCAGCAUUCAGCAUGGCAUCCAGUCACAAAAUGACACCACUAAAGGAGACCACCCCAUCAUGAUGGGAUUUGAGCCUUUAGUCAACCAGAGAUUGCUGCCACCCACCUUUCCUCGCUACGCCAAAAUCAUUAAGAGGGAGGACAUGGUGGCGUAUUUCAGCAAGCUUAUAGAGCGCAUUAAGACUGUUUGUGACGUGAUCAACACUACCAACCUACAUGGCAUACUGGACUUCUUCUGUGAAUUCAGUGAGCAGUCUCCCUGUGUGCUCUCCAGAUCUCUUCUUCAGACUACAUUCCUGAUAGAUAAUAAAAAAGUGUUUGGCACCCACCUGAUGCAAGACAUGAUUAAAGAUGCUCUGAGGUACUUUGUCAGCCCACCAGUCCUCUCAUACAAGUGUUGUCUCUUCAACAAUCACCAAGCGAAGGACUACAUUGACUCUUUUGUUACACACUGCUCCAGGCCUUUCUGCAGCCUCAUCCAGAUCCACGGACACAACCGUGCUCGACAGAGAGACAAGCUGGGACACAUUCUUGAAGAGUUUGCCACACUGCAAGAUGAAGCUGAGAAGGUGGAUGCAGCUCUGCAUAGCUUACUGAUGAAACUGGAGCCUCAACGACAGCAUCUAGCCUGUCUUGGGACCUGGAUCCUCUAUCAUAACCUGAGGAUCAUGAUUCAGUACCUGCUGAGUGGCUUUGAGCUGGAGCUUUACAGCAUGCAUGAAUACUAUUACAUUUACUGGUACCUGUCAGAGUUCCUUUAUGCGUGGCUGAUGUCCACUCUAAGCAGAGCUGACUCCUCUCAGAUGGCAGAAGAGCGGAUUCUAGAGGAGCAGCUGAAAGGGCGCAGCAGCAAAAAGACCAAGAAGAAGAAGAAAGUUCGCCCUCUCAGCAAGGAGAUUACCAUGAGUCAAGCAUACCAGAACAUGUGUGCUGGCAUGUACAAGACGAUGGUAGCUCUGGAUAUGGAUGGGAAGGUGCGUAAGCCUCAGUUUGAACUGGACAGCGAGCAGGUUCGCUAUGAGCAUCGCUUCGCCCCCUUCAACAGUGUGGUCACCCCUCCACCUGUGCACUACAUCCAGUUCAAGGAGAUGUCUGAUCUGAAGAAAUACAAUCCUCCACCAGGCUCUGCAGACCUCUAUCUGGCAGCUAGCAAACACUUUCAGCAGGCGAAGCUCAUCCUUGAAAAUGUGCCCAGUCCCGAUCCGGAGGUGAACCGUAUACUGAAGGUGGCCAAACCUAAUAUUGUAGUUAUGAAACUACUGGCUGGAGGUCAUAAGAAGGAAACCAAGGUGCUCCCAGAGUUUGACUUCUCAGCUCAUAAGUACUUCCCCAUAGUGAAGAUUAUUUGAUCCCGCCCCGAGCCACAGGGUGACAGCGUUCCUCACCUGAACAGGUGUGCAGCAGCCCUGACCCAGACCUCGUCCAACAGUUUGUGUGACACAUUUAACUGUAACGCCAUGCACAGGAGUGUCUGCACUUGACUCUUUUCUCACCUUUCUGAGAGAUGAAACCAGAGAACUCACCACUGGACCUCAAUGAGUGACAGUAUGCACAUUUGUAUUUCUGUGUGUGUGUUACAGAAGAGCCGAUGUGCUUUUGUGCAAAGACCUGGCAGAUGAAUGCUGCCUGAAGAACAAGUCUUGCAAAUGCUUAUAAAGAGUGCUGUAAUGAUAAUAGGUUCAUAUCAUUAAAUCAUAUGAAACUUU